GCCCUUUCGGUGGGUGGAGCUUUACGCAACCUUCCUCCUCCCUGGAUCAUCGUCAAAAAGCGGGUGGGCGGGUAGCUUCUUCUCUCCCCGGCCCGAAAUAAGCAUAAGUUUUAAGAUAAAUAAUCGGAUCUUUUUGAGCUCUCGACCAUCGAUCCCCACAACCCCUUGAGGGCGAAUUCCUGGCGGCCGUGUCAGAGAAGGGGAGGAAUGGGGAACGUAGGGAGCACGGGAGGCGGAAACAGCCGCCGGAGGAGUUCGCACCACCGCCAGCCUCCUCCGCCUCCUAUCGGGCCACCGCCGCCGCAGCAGCCGGAGGUCGCGGCGAACCGCUACGUGUUCGCUGCCGCGACCCCGUACCCGCCCCAGUACCCCAAUCCCAACCCGCCGCAAUACUACCAGUAUGGGUACUACCCCCCUCCGCCGCCGGCGAUGCCCGUCCCCCUUCCCACCCCCUUCGACCACCACCACCCCGGCUGGGUCGGCGGGGGGAGGUAUCCUUAUGCCCCGCCGCCCACGGCGCCGGCUCCCUACUUCGACCACCAGAAGGCCGUCACCAUCCGAAAUGACAUCAAUCUUAAGAAGGAGACUUUGAGGGUCGAACCUGACGAGCAGAACCCCGGACAGUUUCUGGUCGCUUUCACGUUCGAUGCCACUGUCUCUGGAAGCAUUACAGUUUAUUUCUUUGCAAAAGAAGGUUUCGACUGUAACCUGACAUCAACGAAGGAGAACUUGCUCAAACCAGUCACAGCAUCGUUCCAGGAAGGUCUGGGACAGAAGUUCAGACAACCAUCUGGAACUGGAAUUGACUUCUCAAUGUUUGAGGAAGCAGAGUUGAUAAAAGAGGGAGAAAAGGAAGUGUAUCCGCUAGCAGUAAAAGCAGAGGCAUCUCCAUCAAACAAUCAAGGGCUGGUAGGAGAAAAUCAGAAGAUAGGAAUUCCAAACUCACAGAUUACACAGGUUGUGUUUGAGAAGAAAGAGAAUGGCGAGUAUCAAGCGCGUGUGGUGAAGCAGAUCUUGUGGGUAAAUGGAACUAGAUAUGAGCUGCAGGAGAUUUAUGGAAUAGGGAACUCAGUUGAGGGUGACUUCGAUGGGAAUGAUCCUGGUAAAGAAUGUGUGAUUUGCCUGUCAGAACCACGAGACACGACUGUCCUUCCCUGCAGACAUAUGUUUUCUCAGAUAUUUUAUCUAUGGGAAAAGCCUGAUGUAGCGCUGGACAUCCAAGUGCAAGGAUGCUUUGUAUAGGGUGCCUUUCUAAACCUCAAAAUUGCUGGGCUGUAAGGUCGAGAGAUUUGGGAGAGUGGGGUUGUACCCGUUUCAUGGGAACCAUGCAAGUCCAAAUAGUUGGGGAUGCAUUUCCCAAUACCUGAACUCAGAACAUCCUCUCAACUGUGGAUGGGUGUGACAGCAGGGGCAUCACCCAGUUUACUUCGAUGUUUCUAUCGAACUACGACGGCACAAAUUUUUGAAGCAUCAUUGGUGUCAUAUAUCGACCCUGCAUGAACAAAUCUAAACUCUGUCACUGAUACCUUUUUUGCUUUCAUUGCAGUGCAUGUGCAGUGAAUGUGCAAAGGUUCUAGGGUUCCAAACAAACCGCUGCCCAAUAUGCAGGCAACCAGUGGAGAGACUGUUGGAGAUUAAGGUAAACACUGUAGCGGAGGAGCAACACGAAUCACGGUGAUGAUCUGCUCGACUUGCACAUCGAUGCCUUAUCCUUUCAACUGUCACGUCCAAUAAACAGAAGGUGGUGGCAUAUGAAAUGCAUUUUCGCAGUUAUGCAAGGACUGACCAAAAUGGUUCACCGCUCUGGGUAAUGUUGCAUACUGCGGUGGUUGUAUAUUCUGCACCUCUGUUUGCCUUGGGGAACAGUUGUGAAGAAUACAUUGUAUCGAACAAAGUAUAUACUUCUCUGCAGUCUUAAUUCUCGACUCUUGCAAGUGUAUUGAUGCAUCGGCUGUUUCUUUAUCA